AUGCGCCGCAACAGAGUGUUGCCCAGCUGCUGUGUUGCUGUGCUGCUGAUCGUGGCUGUUUGUGCGGAAGUGGCCAUCGCUGCUCACGGGCAUGGUAGCGUGGAAACGCUGCUAGCACACGACAUUACUGCAAACAUCGAAGCUCCAAGGGAUGAUUUCAAUAACGAUUUGGCUCGCAACUUUCACUCGCCACGGUUGGAAUACAACGAAUGGUUGCCGGUAGGGCGAGGUGAUCCUCUCAAGAACGAUCCAACGUACGACUACAGUCCACCGGUGCUGGACCGUGUACGCUACUGGUCCGAUGGCGCUAAGGACAAAACAUCCGGCAAUGACAUCCUGCUGCUGGGCGUUCCCUCAAAGAAAACCAUCGGCGUCAACAAGGAAUGGAACAGUGUCCCUGUGCGACGCAAUUACUACACACCAGGACAUCAACACCAUGCGGUGGCAAGUCCGAAUCAGCUACCUCACACUGUGCUUAUGCCGCCUCCAUUAAACAACUUCCUUGGUGGAGCAGAAAGUGUAGGCUUCUGGGGAAGGACAACAUCCGCCUCCCAGCAACGGGUAGACACACCACCGGGAGAUGGGUUUAAGUAUCGUCCUGCUGCCUCGUAUCCAGGGCAAUUCACAGGUGGCAAGCUUCCGGAACCAUCCAUUACUCAGCCCAUUACGGCACAAUUCCUUCACCACCAUCAGCCCCAGCUGCAAAGUGGCAGUGGGUUUAACCGUCAGCAACAACCACCGUAUGUCACCACCAUUCGCCUUACGACACCAGCUGGUGAUACUGUGAAGCGUCCGCUGCUGAAGACAAUUCUUCAAAAUGAACAUUCCUAUCCGUUCACUAAAACCGCCAUGACUAGCACGGUGACCGAGUACACUUCCGGUGGCUUCUAUGACGCACAAAAUAUCAACGCCAUGGCACAGACGAUCUUCCAUCCGCCACAAACUACAGAAUACCUUCAACCUCAACCACCGCAACAACAGUCGACUAAAACGGCUCCAAAGUUAAACAAAGUUAUACACACCCAGCACUUCACAUCGGCCGGUCCCUUCGUGACGCCUGUUAGUACACACCUGCCCGCCAUGACGAUGUCUACCACAACGACGACCACCACUCGAAGCCCGAUGUCUUCCAGCACAAUGAGCCCGAUGAUAACGACCCAGCCAACUCCACUGGCCAUGACCACCGAUUCGAUCUUCUCUCACUACAAGCAACCGGCCACACCGGAACGUUGGUCACCGUACCUAAUCAUCGAGGGUCACUCAAAGGUGAAAACGUACGGUUUAAACACAAACGAUACGCUUAUGCAGCUGCCCCGGAUGGUCCCGGUAACCAGCACGAAAGAUCCGAUAGUACGGCAUGUUGUGAAUCGUGAUCCGGAUACCGGAGCGGAGCUAAGUGUAUCGCACAUCGCCACAAAACGUCCUCCCGUGUACGAAGUACACACCGAAGCUGGUCCUCGACCUGUAAAAAUACAAAGCGAUUCCGUUAAGCAACAGCGGCAAGAUGAGUCAGCCGUUGACACACUGCUCACCCUACUCGAUGAAGCAUCCUUCGAUGAAAUGCUGAAGCAGGAAGGAACGGUUGAGAACGCACUCGACGGAUCGACGGCCACUUCCGGCAGUAAGGAUAGUAAAACGCGUCGGAAUGUACGCGUCACCAGACAGAUUUACCGACUCGAGCGGCCAUAG